AUGUUCUCGGCCUUCAUUCGACAGGUAUCCUCCCUGAAGCAACGGGUUCCGCUGCUGAACGAGUUGCACCUCAACUUCAUCUUCAUCCACUAUGCCUAUAUCAUCUCGUGGGUCAUCAUCGGUUCGAUUAUCCUCUAUCCCGGCAGCGAGCUCGCCUAUAUCGAUGCGCUCUUCUUCGCCGCCGGCGCCGCCACCCAGAGCGGGCUCAACACCGUCGAUAUCAAUAAACUCAAACUCUACCAACAAAUCGCCCUAUACUUGAUUCCAUGUCUGUGUACGCCGAUUUUCAUUCAUAGUGCGCUGGUUUUUAUCCGGCUGUACUGGUUUGAGAAGCGCUUCCAGCAUGUGGUCCGCGAUGCACGUGUGAUGCGACGGACCCGUUCCCGUAUGGAAACUGUGACUGAGGACCGGGGUAGCGAUGAGGUCAACCGUGCGGAACUUGGAGUCAGUGGCCGACCGAUUGUGGUGUUGCGGAACAAUUCAGGAGAUGCACGAGACGGUCGCUUGGCGGACACGCCCAGCAAAAAUAUAGCUCCGGGGGCUGACAGUCCAGAGAUUCCCACACCCAGUGCUGGGUCUGGCUCCAGGUCUGACUCUAGGUCUGGUUCCAGGUCUGGCUCCGGGCCUGGCUCCAGCUCCAGUUCCGAUGAAACUGAAGCUGAACGUGAGCCUCGAUUCGGACUCGGUAGUUUGAAGGUCCCAACUCAUCUGAACCCCGAAACUCACAUCGCCUUCCUGGAAAAGCAACGGAAGGACAAAGGAGCUCUCCGGAUUCCAAGUCCGCGUGAGUAUGAUCGUGGCGGAGCCCCCGAAGCUUUAGAAGAAGAUGCCGAUCAGGAGGAAGAGCAGGCUCUCCCUCCUAGUCCUCGUAACACCGAUGCUAGCCCGUCAAACCACCCCGAGGCGGAUGAUCAACUCGGUCCACUUGAAGGACCCCACAUCACUAUCAACGAGCCAGAGAUUCCAAGGACUCGUCCACGCGGGAAUACAUUCCCUCGUCUAAAUACUCAACCCACGUUCCGAGAAACUAAGGACGGGAAUGAAACGACUACUCUUGCCCCCACCAACACGAGAAACACUUUCAGGGGAAUCUUCCGAUCUCUGACACAAGAACGGGAACUUUCGACUCAACCAUAUCUCAGUUGGAAUGCGACAGUGGCACGAAACUCCAACUUUGUUGAUCUAACCGAGGAACAGCGUGACGAGCUGGGCGGUAUCGAAUACCGUGCUCUGAAGACCUUGGCUGUCGUGCUUAUCACCUACUACGUUGGCUUCCAUCUCAUCGGCAUGCUUAGCAUGAUCGGCUGGAUCAUGACCGUGGACCAAUGGGGCAAUGUUGUCAGAGAGGCUGGAGUUGGACGGCCUUGGUGGGGAAUUUUCACUGCUGCCUCUGCCUUUAACGACGUGGGUUUCACCUUGACGCCCGACUCCUUUUACUCCUUCCAGCGGGCCGUCUUCCCGUUGCUCAUGUUGUCAUAUUUGAUUAUCAUAGGAAACACUGCGUUCCCAUGUAUGCUCCGUUUGAUGAUCUGGGUUAUGUCCAAGUUCACCCGCCAGGGAACUGCCCUAUGGGAAGAACUUAAGUUCCUUUUGGACCACCCGCGUCGAUGUUUUACUCUCUUGUUCCCUCGCAAUGCCACCUGGUGGCUGUUUGCGAUCCUUGUUGCCUUGAAUGGCAUCGAUGUGAUCUUUUUCGUUAUUCUCGAUCUUAACGAUCCUGCUGUCACCUCACUCCCUCCUGGAAUCCGAGUCCUAGAUGGCUUCUUCCAAGCGGCUGCGACAAGAACGGCCGGUUUCGGAAUCAUCAGUCUUUCAUACCUCCACCCUGCUAUCCAGGUCUCCUAUCUCAUCAUGAUGUAUAUUUCAGUCUUCCCGAUCGCUAUCUCAAUGCGUCGAACCAAUGUGUACGAAGAGAAGAGUCUUGGUAUAUACGAUGCUACCGAUGAGGAUCACGAGGAUUCCAACGCACCCACCUAUAUCGGCGCUCACUUGCGGCGCCAGCUGAGUUUCGAUUUGUGGUAUGUGUUUUUGGGUCUGUUUAUUAUCGCUAUCGCAGAAGGCACAAGGCUGCAGUCACCGGCCGACUACUCCUUCCAGCUAUUCACCGUUCUGUUCGAGGUUGUCUCCGCCUAUGGUACAGUUGGUCUGUCGUUUGGUUAUCCCAACGUGAAUACCUCGUUCUCUGGGCAGUUCAAUGUGGUUUCCAAAUUGGUGAUCAUUGCCAUGCAACUCCGUGGUCGCCACCGUGGCCUGCCUUACGCGCUAGAUCGUGCUGUGCUGCUCCCAUCCGACGCUAUGAACCGACACGAAGCCGAACAGAGCGAGAGGCGGAUGCGCCGACGCGCAUCCAACCUCAGCGGUGCUGGCUCUUUCGGCCCAUCACAGUCGCGUACCCUAUCUCAGGCGAGGAACGAUGCCGCCCAGACAUCGGGUUCGGAAACUCAUGACUGGCAAACAGGUCCUGCGCCAAAUGCAGACUCUCUGGUGCAUCGCUCCUCGACUAUCCGAUCCAAUCGAUAG